AUGUGUACAAACAGGAAAAUCGUCUGGAGUUUGGUGGUGCUGUCAGUACUGGAGAUUGGGUUCGGUGUGUCGAGCAUCACCUUGGGUGCUGUGGGGCUGAGCAGCAUCCGAACCACUAUGCAGAAGACGCAGUUGGGAGAUGCCUCCCCGUUUCUCCUCUGUGGACUGUGCGGGGUACUGUGUGCUAUAAAGAGGUCAGGACUCAUUAUGAUAUUGUUUUCAGCCUGCUGCAUCUGCGGGCUGAUCGGCGGGAUCCUGAACAUCCAGUUCGUGCGGGCGCUGGCGAAGCGGCCUGACGGGCUGCACUCCAUCCACUUGGGGGCACUGUCGCUGGCCUCCCUGGGCAUCGCCUGCUGCACCCUGUGCACCUGGCUGACCUGCCGCCUAGCCAGCACAGAGCAGCAGCGCAUGUUCCUGGAGAGGGAGCACUCUCUGCACCACUCCCAGGAGAUGACCGACAAGGGCGCUCUUCCCUUCCUGGGCGGGGCUCUGCUUCCCUUCCAGGGCGGGGCUCUGCUUCCCUUCCUGGGCGGGGCUCUGCUUCCCUUCCUGGGUGGGGCUCUGCUUCCCUUUCUGGGUGGGGCACUGUGGCUUCACCAAUGGUAUCAGACCGUGUCCAUGCUGCUCAUGAUUCUGCUGUUGGAGCCCAAAGCUAGCAUGGACAUGAGUCAGAAGUACACAAUCAAUGUGCAACUGCAGAGUCAGACAGAGCAGGGGUCGCUCCAGAGCAGUGAGAUCUGGAUCAUGGUUGACGGAACCACUGGGGACCUACAGGAAACCGAAGGCACUGGAAUGGUCGAGGUUUGA